AACACUCCGGCACGUUUACGCACCAGAACGUCGGAAUAUGUUGUGUCGAACACUAACACGGGCCGCCGGUGCGCUCCGGCAACGGCACUCGUGGAACAUGCGUGGUGUGCAACAUUCAACGUCGACAUCACGGUCUUCUCAAGUUGCCGCCACUAUAGCCACUGUAAACAGAGUUAUUCUCCGCUCCCUCAAAGACCACUAUCUCGAAGUCUCCAAAAUGACCCCUCCCCCGAAAAUUAGUCCUCCUUCUCCAUUCACAGUGGUGAAGGGAGCACUUGAUGGUAGUGGUCCUGUUCUGAAACGGACAUAUGAAAAUGAGGAUAUUUCUAUCUCUGUAAUGCGUUUGGCUAAUAUUAUACCCGGAGGAGGGGACACCAAUGACGAUGAUGGUGGCAUGAAUCAACUGUUUCUUCAUGUUGACAUAUCUAAGCCUGAUCAAAGGGAGUCUCUUCAUUUUCUGUGUGGCCUUUAUCCCGAUGCUUUGGGAAUCCACUCGGUCUCGUUGAGAGCUAGGGAUGAUGCUGGGUUUCUUGAAGCCUCAAAUAAGUAUGGGGGUCCAUCGUUUGAAGAUGUUGAAGAAAGAACUAGAGACGCCCUCCACGCCUACAUUGAGGAGCGUGGAAUCAGCGAGAGCUUAUUCCCGUUCCUGCAAGCUUGGCUAUAUGUGAAGGACCACCGGAAUCUCAUGCGCUGGUUCAAAACAAUAGGUAUAUUCGUUGAGGAAGGCAAAGGAACCUCAUCUAUAGGUGCUUAGUUAUCUUGGCAUACUAUCAUCUGUGCAGAGUCUAGAAUGAUUGAAAAGUGUGAGAAUCAUAAUUUAUGAAUAGUGUCAAUUUCAAUUCAUGAAUAUGCAAGAUGAUAAUUAAUACGCCUACUUACUUUUGAUGCUAGUCUAAGUCUUGCUAAAGUUAUACGCCAUAAUACAUUAUCAUCUAAUUAUAUUAUAUGCUAGUAAGUAUAUUCUUUCUUUCAU